AUGGCGUGCCCCCCUUUGUACUUCGAGCGCACGAACGGGACCGUCGGCAUGAAGUGUAACCAGUUCCACUGCCCAGUCCAUUGCUCCAUGUCCGAGUGGUCUGGCUUGUCCGCAUGCUCCAAGGAGUGCGGGGGCGGCGUCCAAGGGAAGACCCGUUCCAUCCUCGUGAAGCCCAAGAACGGUGGGACGGAGUGUGACACCACACUCGAGGAGCAGCCGUGCCACACCGAGUCGUGCGACCGCGAUUGCACGCUCAUGCCGUGGACUGCGUGGGAGCCUUGCUCGAUGGCUUGUGGCGGUGGCAUCCAGGAGCGCGUGCGGAAGGUGGACAUCCCCAUCCGCGCGAACGGCAAGUGCCCAGGGUCGAAACACCCCGACCGCUUUCAGAUGCAGCAGUGCAACACCCAGGAUUGCGUUGGUGACGAGAUCUGCAUCGCCAGGCAGGAUCUCGUCAUUGCGCUCGACGGCAGUGGCUCCGUGAAGCAGGAGGGCUUCGACAUUAUCAAGAAUUUCGCCCUGAACCUCACCAGCAAGUACCAGAGCACAUAUUACGGCGUGGAGGACAUGCGCAUCGGGCUGGUGUUGUUUGGGAACGGCGAGUACUUCGACAAUGGCACCGUCGCGCCGGCCCUGGAGGUGGUCUCGAUCACCAGCGACCUUGAUUCCGUCAACACAGCGAUCGAAGGGCUGCAGUGGCAGCGCGGCUUCACUAACAUGAUGCAGGCCCUCAAGGCGGCCGACAACAUGUUCGCGGACGGCCGUGAGGACGCUCAGAGCGCCGUCAUGGUGAUCUCGGACGGCAAGUGGACCAACGCGUACCGCACGACCAUGCUGGCAACGGCGAUGAAGGACAAGGGCGUGCAGAUCUUCAUGGCCCCGAUCGCCGAGUCCACGACGCAGAAUCUGGUAGUGCUCAGGGGCUGGGCGAGCGAUCCGUGGGAGACCAACUACGAGCGCAUCCCUGGCCUCACGGCGCUCGUCAACAACGAACCGGAGUACGCCCAGAAGCUGCUGGUGAAGUUCUGCCCCCGUGCGUUCUCGCCGUCGGCCAAGUUGGAGGAGGAGCAGCAGCAGGGCUACCUCAAGAUCCGUGAGGAGGGCUACCCCUCCGACAGCUGCGGCCCGUCGAGAAACAUGGGCAGGGUCGAUUCCGUCGAGGCCUGCAUGGAGAAGGUUAGAGAGGCGGGUAUCCUGGCCUUCGCGUACCAGGAUGAGGGUCGUAUGGAGGGGGCCUGCUUUUCAGAGGCGAUCGACGUCACUGAUGACUUGUGGAACCAAGCGCUGGCUUCCCGCGUCGACCUGUCGUGUCCAGGCGGCGCCUGGGUUUUCAACGAGUACGCCUCCACCUACAUCAUGAACCCGAGCAUGUUCGGAGACAUCUUCGACGAGUGA